GGUAGGAACAGUUAUCGUGAACACCGGAAACGCGCUCUCGACGGAGAUAGCCGGGGAACAUGCCUAAGUUUUACUGUGAUUACUGUGACACCUACCUUACACAUGAUUCGCCAUCGGUGAGGAAGACCCACUGCAGUGGCAGGAAACACAAAGAAAAUGUGAAAGAUUACUACCAGAAAUGGAUGGAGGAGCAGGCUCAGAGCCUGAUCGAUAAAACAACGGCUGCUUUUCAACAGGGAAAGAUUCCUCCCACACCGUUCCCUGGUGGCCCUCCCCCAGGUGGUCCUCCUCGUCCAGGCAUGCUACCAACGCCCCCUAUGGGAGGUCCGCCUAUGAUGCCCAUGAUGGGGCCUCCACCACAUGGAAUGAUGCCUGGUGGACCUGGAGGCAUGAGGCCGCCGAUGGGAGGACCCAUGCAGAUGAUGCCAGGACCACCACACAUGAUGCGUCAUCCUCGCCCGAUGAUGAUGCCAGUCAGGCCGGGCAUGAUGCGACCAGACAGAUAAGACCGGUUGGAUUUUCUCCGUUCUUUGUUGCCAUGAACAGACACUGUCUAGUGAGGACACUUCGGUUAACACUUGGAUUUUUCAGCACAGCUCAUGAAACUGUCAAAUGUCCAAACUCCUCAAAUCUGAAUUCCCUGAUUCAAUAAUGUUAUUUUUGUAUAACAGCUUCAUUUUCUUGUGCCAGAAUGGUGGUAUUUAUUACUGUUCACCUCACUAGAAUACAUUUAGGUCCCUGUUUUAAAGACCCUUUUUUUUUUUAACGUCCUCUUAUGUGUUAACAUCAAGUGUGAAAUAUCUUGUCUUACUUUGACAAACUGUUCAGCAGGCACAUUUAAAGAGCCUGUUUGAUAUGACAAUAUUUGUUAGUAUAUUUUUACUUUUGUUUUAGGUUUUACAUGUUUUUGUUGAAUGUCAUUGCUUUGAGAAUAAAACAGUGAUUUCAAA